AGCACUAGCAGAAGAUCUGACAGGUCAGAUCUUCGGUGGAAUAAAUGACUACGUUGCCAGUGGUGCAUUCGCAACCGUUUACAGAUGUGAAUGGAGAAAACCGUCGGGCCCCGUCAAAAAGGUCUGGCCAGUGGGCAGCGCUGGCGUCACUUGCUGAUCAGCCUGUCCAUUACCGUACUACAGGUCGCAGUAAAAAGCUUCAGGUACCACACGAAUCCCAUCUCAGAGCAGGACUUAAGAAGGUUUCGACGAGAAACUGCAAUAUGGGCACACCUCGUCCAUGACAAUAUCGUCACACUUUAUGGAACGACAGAGGAGUUCGGGCCAACCACAGCCCUUGUCUCCCAGUGGUUUCCGGAUGGCACGCUGUCCCGUCUGAUCAGAGAACAGGGCGCUGCAUUAACCAUCAAAUCUAAAUUGAAGCUGCUUCACGGCAUAGCAUCCGGGCUCUACUAUCUUCACUCUUUCCCCGUUGUUCACGGUGAUAUUGCGAGCUCUAACGUUUUGGUAGAUUUCAAGGAAGGACAAUACAAGGCUUGCCUAACGGACUUCGGUUUGUCGAAUGUCCUCUGUGGACGUUUAAAAGAGUGGCAAAUUGAAGAAUCAACUGUUUGGCCUGGUGCAAUCAGGUGGACUGCACCUGAGUUGCUCAGGCCAGGUGAUCCCCCUUCCAAUAUUAAACCGACUACACAGAACGACAUGUAUUCCUUUGGUCGUGUCAUGUUCCAUUUGUUGACUCUGAUUAUUCCUUGGCAUGAUAUUGACGAGUACAAAGUCAUUCAAAAAAUACAAAAUGGAGAGGAUGUCCCGCGUCCUGAGGUAUCCGAGGCGACGUCCGACGUCACAGACGCCCGCUGGGAUCAUAUCGAGCAAUGUUGGUCAAUUGAUCCAUCUGCUCGUCCAUGUGCCCUCGCGGCUAUGAACUUCAUAACGGGGGAGCUAGAGGCUUUGAACCAAGAUGUAAGCUCAUGACUUGUCUCGUCACGUAGGAGUACAGUUUCUGACUCCGAUAGGAUGUCCUUGUGGACGAGGUACAAGAAAGCCAUCAAGAUCCAUACUUGGUCACGGAGCAGGCUGAGAUUUCGACCGUACUGCUGUUCCGGUCUUCCUCGCGAACCA